AUGCCGGCUUUUGUAAUAAAUAAUCACGGUGGCGAUACUCCUGACUUUGAUGGCGAGAUCACGUUCUACGUGAUCGUCUGCGUGUUCCUCACCGCCUUCGGAGGGCUUAUGUUUGGUUAUGACCUGGGAAUUUCAGGAGGUGUCACAGCCAUGGAUGACUUCCUGAAGGAGUUCUUCAAGGAAGUGUACGAGAAGAAGCAGCAUGUGCACGAGAACAACUACUGCAAAUAUGACAACCAUGUUCUGCAGCUCUUCACGUCGUCACUCUACAUUGCCGCUCUCUUGGCCAGCUUCGUCGCCUCUAAGGUGUGCACGCAGAUGGGCCGAAAGCCGACAAUGCAGAUCGCAUCGCUCUUCUUUAUCAUCGGGGUCGGGCUUCAGGCUGGCAGCGUCAGCAUCGAGAUGAUUGUUUGCGGACGCAUCACGCUCGGCAUCGGCGUCGGUUUUGCCAAUCAGGCAGUGCCUCUAUUUCUAUCAGAACUAGCACCAGCCAAGAUGAGAGGAGCGCUCAACAUAUGCUUCCAGCUCUUCAUCACCAUUGGGAUCUUUGUCGCCGGCAUUAUCAACUACUUCACAUCUGACAUCCACCCUCACGGGUGGCGCAUCUCCCUCAGCCUUGCCAUGGUCCCAGCCGUCAUCCUCCUCUGUGGGUCCCUCACCAUCUGCGAGACCCCAACGAGCCUCAUUGAGCGCAGGAAUUUCAUCAAGGGCAAGGCCACCCUCAAGAAGAUCCGGGGCACGGACAAUGUCACUGCCGAGUUUGAGUCCAUUGUGAAUGCGAGCGAGACAGCCCGCCAGAUCAAGAACCCCUUCAGCACGCUGCUGAAGCCCUCGAGCCGCCCCCCACUCAUCAUCGCAAUCCUGCUCCAGGUGUUCCAGCAGUUCACCGGGAUCAAUGCCAUCAUGUUCUAUGCACCCGUCUUCUUCCAGACGGUUGGGUUUGGCAACAACGCAUCUCUGCUCUCGACCGUCAUCACAGGUCUUGUCAACGUGUUCAGCACGCUGGUCUCGAUCUACAUGGUCGACCGGGUGGGAAGGAGGAUCUUGCUCCUCGAAGCUUGUGUUCAGAUGUUUCUCACUCAGACUGUGAUUGGCUUGAUCCUUCUGACAGACCUGAAGCCCACAGGCUCAUGGAACCACGCGGAAGCCCUAAUUGUGGUCAUCCUGGUGUGCGUAUUCGUGAUGGGAUUCGCGUGGUCAUGGGGUCCGCUGGGGUGGCUCAUCCCGAGCGAGAUAUUCCCCCUCGAGAUCCGGACUACCGGCUUUGCGUUCGCCGUCAGUUCCAACAUGCUCUUCACCUUCAUCAUCGCGCAAGCCUUCUUGUCGAUGUUGUGCCACAUGAGGGCUGGGAUCUUCUUUUUCUUCGCGGUGUGGAUCUUGGUCAUGGGGCUGCUCACCCACUUCUUCUUGCCCGAAACGAAAGGCGUCCCCAUUGACGCGAUGGUCGAGAAGGUAUGGAAACAACACUGGUUUUGGAAGCGGUACAUGGUCGAUGUGGACGACGAAGUAAUCAAGGAGCAAGUGCAUCCGCAUGUGAAGUAUGUGAAAUAUGGGUUUUGA